CUUUCCGACAAUGCCUCAAAAGCGAAUGUGAAACACGAACUGAACGCCACUAUCUCAUUCAUAAUCAAGCUAUGCACGGGCGCAAGCGAGACCAGUAUGGGCCGCCCGGCUUUCAAGCCCCACUCCUCGCCCAUCAGGCGGGCAGGUCUGGCGCUGCAGGCACAAUACCGCGAGAACAUCCUGCACUCAUAGCGGGGCCACAUGGACGGCGCAUCGGCGGCCCGACGUCGCCGGUCCGCGAACGUGUGCGCUUCCCCUCCGGCACUCGGCCCCGCCCCGGCGCACCGAUGGGUGUCAGUGCUCUAGGCGGCCCCGGACGCCAGCGAGACAAGUUUGUGGCGCUGCCCGAGGAGGAGGAUGACUCGCUGCCGCUUGUGGAGGAGCCGGCCGAGCCAGUGCUGCCCAUUCCAUCGCCGGAGGACGGCGAGCUGGGCGCGCUAGCGGGCUCGCUGUCGGUGUCUGGGGGGCAUCGGCUGUUUGAGGACCUGCCACGGGACAUUGCAAUGGACAGCGCCUGGCGCGGCCGAAUCACGUUCUACUGCGUGGCCGAGAGCUUUGACCGCAAGAAGCUGGAGGAGCUGCUCAAACUCACCUACCCGCCCGGCACGGUGCGCUCCUUCCCCGACGUGUUCUAUGUGGAGUACAUCAAGGGCGCGGACGGGCGGCCGGGAGGAGACGUGUUCUUCUUCGACUACGGCGUGGUUGCCACCUGGGGCAUGACCAAGGCGCAGGAGAUGACCAUCGUGCGCGGCAUUGCCACGCAGUGCAUGGAGACGCCGCUGCCGGAGCAGUGGACCGAGGUGGACGAGUUCCAGUUUUGCUUCGGCCACGAGAAGCAGCAGCACGUGCAGAAUGACACCGUCACGCUGCACCGGCGGUACGCGCAGGACUACAAGAUGAAGCUGGCCAUCAGCUACGCGCUGGCUCAAUCCACGAAGCUGUCGGUGUACGAGAAGCGCGUCACCGACAUUGUGCUGGAGACCAAGAACUUGCCUGAGGCGCUGGCGGAGCACGGCGAGGUGGCCAUCAGCGGCCUCGACAUCGCCAAGCUCAUCGGCAAGGUGUUCCUGCAGAAGAGCGCCGUCAACCUGCUGGGCAGUGUGCUGGGCACACCCGAGUUCUUCUGGCACGCGCCCGACUCCUUCCAGGCGCUGUACACGCGUGUGACCGAGUACCUGGAGCUGGACAGCCGCGUGGAGCUGCUCAACAGCCGCUUCGCAGUGCUGCAGGAAAUGCUGGACAUGCUCCGAGAUCACCAGAACAACUACCACAGCGUGCGCCUGGAGUGGAUCGUCAUCUGGCUCAUCGUUGUGGAGGUGGUGGUGGGUCUGUUCGAACUGCUGGGCCUCUUCGGCGUGGUGGGCAAGCAGCCUGAGUGAAGCGCAGGAGUGUUAGGACUGUAGCGAGGACUCCGAGAAGCUUAGAUGCUGCUUGCACAGCUAAAGAGGGGUUGUCAGAGAGGAGAGGAAGCGAGAGACAAGAGCGACUUUGCCCGUGUGUGUGGUUGUGCUUGUGGCGUGAGGUGCGACGGUACCGUACAUUGAUGUUCACCGCGUAGGCGACGGCAUACGCUGCCUUUGUAGCCUGCCACCACCCUUGUUGAGCACUGGCUGUUUGCUCGUUGGGCCAGAAGUUGUCGUGGAUUGGUGCUCCCGCAAAUGCAAGGGGCUCAUGUGUUUUGAUACCGUGGGUCUUGGUAGGUCUUGGGGGACGAGGGGGGACGUGACCUGACGUGACGGAACUUCAUUGGGCCGGUGAAGGGCGUUCCGUAGCUCCGUACAAGCUCGUCUGCUCGGUUGUGCACUGCUACUCCUGCUCCUAACGGUGCACUCGCCUGGAAACAUCACUGCUCGCCAAUGGCCUGUGGGGCGCCCGGCUCGCGACGCCCACCAUGUGGCCUCGCUUAGCACGAUGCCAUAGCUGUGUUAAUUCUACAGACACCGCGA